GCCUUUGAGCCCGCGGAUUGAUGAAAUCGCCUCGACCGUUUGUUACCGAUUGCGAUUUGUUGUCAAUAUUAGAUAAUUUUUGUUAACCCAAAAUUUAACUGCAACGCUCUGCACGCGACAGCAAGCGCCACGCGCGACGUACGCAAACGAAGUUUCGAAAAGCACGGCACGGCUGGCAGGCUGGAAGAUUGUUUGUUGGUCCGGUUUCGGAAGUGUUGGCAAAGGGGGCAAAAAAAGUCAGGCAUUGCGUGGACGGAAGUUUUAGUUACGGGCCACAGGGAGAAAGCAACGCCGUAACGGAAAACGCCCUCGAAACGAUACCGCACGGCUAGCGCUGCAGAACACGGUCAACGGCGUGUCGUGUGCGGUGGUCGUCUGUGCAACCGUUUUGUAGUCCCAUCGUGUCAGUUGGGCGUCCGGUAGCAAGUGGUGGCGAUUAGUAGAAAAUAACAGCAGCAGUAGCACCAACAGUAUCAUUAGUAGUAGCCGCAAACAACCUUUGCACAAGUAGAAAUGCUUGCACUAGUUGAAGCAGAGUUAAGUAGCAUCUGGUAAAACGACGGCAGCAGCAGCAGCAGUAGUAGCGGUGCAACUUUCCUUGAUAAUAGUCAAUUGGAACGUAAAUCAAGGCACUUUCUAUCUUCAUUCGUUCGACAGCCGGAUUGGUUCGGGGAUGGAGUCCAAUUUUGUGUUUAAAUCGAGUCGACCAUCAUCCUCCUAAGCAUACCAAAUAGUGGGAUAGUUUUCGGGAGAGCAAGCGAUAAUUUUCACCCACCAUCCGAUAUCUGUCACCGGUAUCGAAAACACAUCAAAAAAACUUUGCUUGGGCAUGGCAAAGCAGCAGCUACCGGCAAAAAAAUACUGCAUUCCUUCGAGGUGAGAAAUAGAGACGAUUGGAGUGGCCACCGUUAAAGAAUGCGCUUGCCAUCCAGCACUCAUGUGGUGGAUCGACGAUGCAUUGCAUGGAAGUGACAGUCCUAGGCAGUGUUUUAGUGCAACCGUCAGUAGCAGUGUUGAGGGAUAGCAGAGUUGGUGCUGUUCGACGCUAGGCAAAGUAAGCAGCCAAAUUGCUCACGAAAAGAGCAAUGCCCAACGCGAACGUACUCCGUGCACAACGACGGAGGCUGCUUGCGUAGUGAAUAAUUUACUAAACUAGCAUGAAAAUUCCAAAUAUCGCUUUUCGUCAAAAACACAAAUUUCCUACUAAAUCGUUUCCGAAUUGAAUGGCAGUGUGUAGGAAAGCACGCGCAAGAAGAAAUUGAUUCGUUAAACAAGGAAUUGAUACUAACAACCGGUUGGUAGGUAAUUGCAAACAUAUGAAUAUUAUUACCAUAAUGUUUAAAAUAAUAACGAAAAGUAAAAUAAUCUCAUUGUGAGUGUCACGUUCGAUCUGUGUCAACAAGUCCAACAGUUGUUCCCAAACAAUCACCACGACCUGUUGUGCCCGAUCCCGAUCGCCGUUCCACCGUCGAUGGUCGUUGUUUGUAUCUGUGCAUUGUGAGUGUUCAUAUGUCAUCGGUGUGUGUGUGUUUCCGUGUGCAUUCUUUCGCUAACAAAUUCUUCCCGAUCGUUGGUGGUGGGGCCGAUGGAUCACGCAAGGAUUACAGGCAAACGUCAACUACCCACAAACGCGGUGGCGGUGAAAGUGCUUGAAGUGUAAUAACUAGCAGCCAUUUUCAUUGCCAUUAAUUGCUGCUGUCAUUGCGUGUCAGUCUCGUCAUAGUUACCCACAACCGCCGCGGAAUAUCGUCCGAAAUCGUCCAUCUGAAACGUAUCAGAGUGAGUGUGUGUAUGUGCGUCUAUCUGUCCAGAAGCAUUUGCGAACAGCGCUUUGGUGUGAGUGUGUGCUCGUGAUUCGGGAAAGUCCGCCAUUGUCUCGAAAUCGGCUCGGUAGAGAUUACACAACAAUCCCGCUACAAAGGCCUGUUCCACCGCUCACUCACUGGUGUUGACCGCGUGUGUGUUUCUUGGUGGUUCGCCUCAGUGCAUCGAUUCGUUUGCAGACACGCUUUGACGCGACGGCUCUGAGAACGGCGCCAUUCAACGAAGGUGCCAAAGGUGCCGCCUUCCUUAAGAAGGAGGCUCCGCAUAGGCGCUAGGCUGCCAGCUGCAGGCGAUGCACCGGUUUGCGGAUCGACCGGGUGGACCUGGCCUAAGAUGGGGAGCGUGCUACUCACGGCUGUGUUCAUAGCGUUACAAUUUGCUACCGGCCUGGCCAACCCUGACUCAAAGCGUUUAUAUGACGACCUGCUGAGCAACUACAACCGACUGAUACGGCCCGUGGGCAACAACUCUGAUCGUCUGACAGUCAAAAUGGGUCUAAGGCUCUCCCAGUUGAUUGAUGUGAAUCUCAAGAAUCAAAUUAUGACGACAAACGUGUGGGUAGAACAGGAAUGGAACGAUUACAAGCUCAAAUGGAACCCAGAUGAUUACGGUGGAGUGGACACCCUGCACGUCCCUUCCGAACACAUUUGGCUGCCAGAUAUAGUGUUGUAUAAUAAUGCGGACGGUAACUAUGAGGUGACAAUAAUGACAAAAGCAAUUUUACAUCAUACGGGUAAAGUAGUAUGGAAACCACCUGCCAUUUAUAAAUCAUUUUGUGAAAUCGAUGUUGAGUAUUUUCCAUUUGAUGAGCAAACAUGUUUUAUGAAAUUCGGAUCCUGGACGUACGACGGUUACAUGGUCGAUCUUCGGCACCUCCAGCAGACACCGGACUCAGACAACAUCGACAUCGGUAUCGAUCUGCAAGAUUACUAUAUAUCAGUUGAAUGGGACAUUAUGAAGGUGCCUGCCGUUAGGAAUGAAAAAUUUUAUAGUUGUUGUGAAGAACCAUAUCCGGAUAUUAUAUUUAACAUAACGUUAAGGCGAAAGACACUUUUCUACACCGUAAACUUAAUCAUACCUUGCGUUGGGAUAUCGUUCCUUUCCGUGCUAGUGUUUUAUUUGCCGAGUGACUCAGGCGAAAAGAUAUCAUUAUGUAUAAGUAUUCUGCUGUCGCUGACCGUGUUUUUUCUACUGCUUGCCGAAAUCAUUCCGCCGACGUCGCUCACGGUACCGCUGCUCGGCAAGUAUCUGCUGUUCACCAUGAUGCUCGUCACACUGUCGGUCGUCGUGACGAUUGCCGUGCUGAACGUCAACUUUCGGUCACCCGUGACGCACCGGAUGGCACCGUGGGUGCAUCGCGUUUUUAUAGAGCUACUGCCUAAGGUUCUGUGUAUAGAGCGGCCAAAGAAGGAAGAUGAACCAUCGGACAACGACGACCAGACGCCGACGGACGUGCUGACGGACGUGUUCCAGGUACCGCCCGAUGUGGAGAAGUACGUCGGCUUCUGCGGGAAGGAGUACGCCACGGACUUCGAUAUACCCGCACUGCCUCCCUCACGGUUCGAUGUGGCCGCCUCGGGUGGCGUUGGGCCGUGCUUUGGAGAGCCUCCACUACCUGCACUGCCACUGCCGGGCGGGGAUGACGAUCUGUUCAGUCCGACCGGCAACGGGGACAUGAGUCCGACGUGUUGCGGCGAUCUAAGCCCAACCUUCGAAAAGCCGUUACUACGCGAGAUGGAGAAAACCAUCGAAGCGUCCCGGUUUGUUGCUCAGCAUGUUAGGAAUAAGGACAAGUUUGAAAGUAUAGAGGAAGACUGGAAGUAUGUGGCGCUGGUACUGGAUCGUCUGUUUCUGUGGAUAUUUACGAUAGCGUGCGUUCUCGGCACCUGUCUCAUUAUUCUGCAGGCGCCCAGCCUCUACGACAACACGCAACCGAUCGAUGCAAUGUACUCGAAGAUUGCCAAGAAGAAGAUGGAGCUGCUCAAAAUGGGCAGCGAGAAUGUAUAGCAUCCGCCCGGGUUCGCAUCCGCCGUUUGGAAGUACAUUCUGAACUGGAUGCGAACCCUGGUCAACGAGGAUGACCACUAAACGCCAAUCAAGUCGCGUACCCAUCAUCACCAGACAGCAAACAACGAAAUGGAACAUACAUACACACACAAUCACAGUGGACACAGGCACCGUGGCACUGUCUGCCUACUCUGUCUGUCCCACUGCAUACUUCCGUUUGAUACGUUCCCGUGUUCACGUAAGUCACCCAUUUGUUUGUACGGUCCCACAGGGAAAGGCCUCGCUCGGGCGGGCCAAUACCUGACUCUCAACAGUUUGCCUCUGUCAACCAGUUAUUGCAUUUGAAGCAUCGCACUAAUCAGCACAAGUAUCUCACCAGUCUCUCAGAGUGAAGGCACUCCAGCGCCUCGCAUUGCCCCCUUUUAGUACACGGCAAAGGAUGGGCGAACGACGUUCCUAUCAUCUUGAUUACUCCUGAUACGUUUUUUUUUUUCGUAUGUUUGUUUUUCGGUUCGGAUCUUCUCUGCCAAACCUCAAACAGCAUGUUUGCGAAACCAUGCAAGUGUCAAUAACAAUCAAAUUAAGGUUAAUGUAAGGGAUGGCAGCAACGAGGAAAAGAAACUGCUCCCCCGUUACACGUAAGUCUAGACGAGCAUUCACUGACUUCGCGCCGUUUAGCGUACUAAGCAAACCCGUACUGUGGCUAUUCGAUUAAAGCGGCACCCGGCCGGACACAAAAACCACGAAUAGUAUGCUGUUCCCUUCGAUUCUGGGAAGCUGCUUAGCACCGGAAACCGCGUUGCACUAGCAAAACAUAAAAACUCGCGAACUCCAUCGGCAUUGUUCGAACGGAGAUGUAAAGACAAAAGCAAACCCCGUACUUAACGAAUGCUUCACACUUCAAAUCAAGAUAAAAUGGCUGCGUAGCAGCCCGAAAGCAAGGACCGCUGCACCGGUAGAGUCCGCGUAGCAAGCAAGGAGAUUAAUUAGGGUUAAAGCCACGUUUAUGGGUGGCGAUUGCCUGCCGUAUCUACGAUAUCUAUGCAGCAGCAUAGUAAUCUUCGGAAGAGCAAGAAAGCAUAAACAAACAGAAGUAGCGCACGAGCGAUUUGUUAUAGUUAAAUUUUUUGAUAGCACUUCUCAAUUUCUCCCACCGUUACAUCGUUGGUUUCGAGCGAUAUACGAGAAUGUUCGACGAAUGCAAGGCACGCGUUAGGCUUCAAGGUUUUCCUCCUAGCGUUGUUUUUUUUUCUUUUCCUGACCUGCUUUGCACAAACCCAAAUUAGGUUUUACCGUUGCUUGAAACAUGAAUUGUGCAUAAAAUGAGGAAUUAAGAAUAGCGCACGACAAGCACAAUCACGGGAUGUGUCAUACGUUUAAGAAGGUUUUUUACUGGUUUUAGCUAAUUAAAUAACACGUUUGUGUGCAACAUGUUGCACGUCGCCCACGAGUUGGUGUAGACCGUUCAGUUCACGACCGUAGUUCUAUUAAGCCGUUAUGAGACAUUUCGUUGAUUUUUCGUUUACGAGCAUUAGUUUGAUGUUUGGAAGUGCACUGGAAGCAAGCUUCGUAUGCUAGCGGAAGCUGUCAACUACUAGCACCAUAUGCAUCUUAUAUCGCCCCAAACCGGGACACAGUUUUACGUUACUAAUAGUAGUGAUUUUAACUCGACUGUUUGAAGAGAGGUGUCAAAGUGAAGCGAUAACAAGCGCCCCGAUGUCAUCGCAACGUCAGGCGCAAACAGAGGUCGUGGUAGAUAUAAUAUGUUUAAAGAAAAACAAAAAAUAAUGAAAACAAUCAGCAUGAAUUGGUCUGAUAAUGAAGUGUCUUAACUACAGGAAAUUCUACCAAAAUUCCCGAUUAUAUAACGUGAAGCAGACGAUCCUAUCGAGCGCCGAAACACACACACACGCAUCGCACGAUCGUUCACCGUGUACGAUUACGGAACACGCCAAGCGAAUGUAGCGUGCCAGCCCUGUAAGAACAGCGUUCAGGUUGGGACGUCGGAUAGCAAAUGAAACUUGCUGCAUUCUGGAGGGUUGAUUUGCGUGUGUGUGAGUGUGUGUUUAAAUGAGAAGCAAUUGUGUCAUGCAGACCUUCGUCAAGGGUAGCUUUUUUAUAAAGGAAGAACCCGUUUUCCAUCACAUUAAACUAGUAGCGACGGCAAUGCACGGGCGGACGCAGAGUUGCAUUCCGAAGCGUAAUGUGGCGCGUCAGUAGUGGUAAAGUGAAUGUCAACCAGCGCCAUUUCUAACUAAUUGAGUGAAAUAAUCAAAAUUACACACACACACACACACAGUUAAACAGAACCGGAUCCAUGGAUUCAGUUUUAGGGAAGGCGUGGCGUGUGGAAAUUCCUUCGACGAACACACACACACGAUCACGAACACGAAUACACGGAUGAGGGAAAGAAUAACAAAGUUAAUACAUCCUACUGAUACUGUUAGAUAAACAUUUUUUUACUAAGCAACACCUAGCUAAGUCGAUUAAUGUACUAUAAAACAAACAAACAAAAACUCAAACAAACAACAAAAAGUAUCGCUAUAGACGAGUGUGUAUGUAUUUUAUAUUCAUCGUGAAAGGGGAAUAAGGAGCGAUAAUGUAGAGGCCGAGGUACGUUUUGUUAUUAGUGCUGCACACUGAAGCAAAGAGAAAAAAACCCGCACCAGAACGUGCGAACAUGUAUACAUAGGUGGGGUUGGGUAUAUGGAGUAGGGGUGUGGAGGGUGGUAUGGAGGGGUCGUAAUAACACAUAACACUGCAAAGCGUGUGUGGGUCGGGGUACGGGAAUUAAUUUUUCGUACAAAAACCAAAAAAAAAUUACAACCUAAAUGUAUCUGUAGUUAGAAUUUGUAUCAGCCGCAAUCAGUCGACGUGCGCGGACAAACAAAAAAACAAGGACUCAUCAAAAGGUUGGUGAAACGUAACAAACAGCACAACAGGAUCAAAACCCGGAUGCACCCUGGGCCGUAUCGUCGGCAGCAAAAAAAAAAAAAAAUGGGGAAAAAAUGCUCCGCGAUCUCAUGCGCGCAACAACAUUAACAUACAAAAAAACAUACAUUAGUAUUAGCAAAAAGGGCAGUUAGUAGCUGAUAAAGUAAGCUAAUUUUGAGAGAGCGAGAGAGGGAUAGCUGUUAUGGCGAGCCGGGCUUUCGCUGCGUCAUUUCGAUAAAUAAUAGGUACUGGGAUGUACCGAGUCACCUCACCCAUACACAUCGAAGCGAUUAGUGUGCGAGACAACUCGGCUCUAGGGGGCAUCGGAUUAAACAACCUGUGGACGGUUCGUGAAUCUUUUAACCAAACACUGCUGCAAACCAGGCAAACCCCUAUUGCGACCGGUUCGGCGAAGGUGUGUUACACUUAUGCCGGUGUUGUUGCAUUUGCAGAGCUCAACGAAACAAAGCAGAACGUAAACAGUAAACACUUUUCAUAGUUAACAAAACCAGAUAAGCAACUUAGUCCAUAGCACUACCGUAACUACAAAUGGUCUCAAAGUUGGCUGCUUCUACUUCAUUGUGUGAUGAACAAUUCGUUACUUGGUUAAUGGUACAACAGAAAAAAAGAAACAACAUUUUGAACAGUCAGGGACAUUGAGAAACUAGUGACAUAGCUGUCAAAAAAACCGCAAUUAUUUCUAGCACAUUGGAAAAGUUGCACUUUCGGUGCCGCUAUUAUUAACAAUCUAUAUUUUAUUAAAAAUUUUCUAUUUUUUCCUUUGUAUCUUUAACUAACGUUUUGGUUCAUUUUCUAAUCUUCCUUACAGAGAUUUCAUUCCAUACUACAUGCUACGAAAUCUACGACUCACUGUUGUUAUAUCUUGAACCGGAUAUUGUUUCAAACAAGAAAACAAUCAUGAUCUAAGAAACAAUGUAUCUUAUUGUUUUUAUUUAACUUCAAACCACAAAGUGUACUAAAAAAAUGUAAAAUAUUUUUUUCGGAAACAUCAUCAAGUAUCGAGCAGACACUCUCUGUAAAUAGUGUGUUAUCAUGCAAUUUUUGCAACAACAAAAAACUGUAAUACAUCAAAUGUUGCACCAACUGGAACAAACUCGUACCGGGGUUUUAUAUUACAUCCAUAACAAAUGUACAUGAUUUUGAUAUAAAAGCAAAUUUACACCAUUUUGUUGCCCGCAAACACACUACUUUAGCAAGCACACGCUCACACAUGUAGCUCACAUCUAUCGCGUAUCUAAAAAGGAAACAAACAUCAGACAAAAAGGCCGAAAUAUUUCCUUUUUACUAAACCUUAAAAGCAAAACCACAAACCAUAAUACCACGAGUGAAAGCGUUAAAUGAAACAUGCGAAUGAAGUGAAAACGCAAAAAUGAUGCCAGAACCUUUCUACUAAUGCCAGACUGUUGUAGUUGCCGUGCUAUUUAACGAGUAAUUGCUAUUAAAACAUAACAAACAAAGAAAACAAACAAAACAAACUCACUAAUCCUAUAACUAACUAUGGUGGAGCGUAAAGCAAAGAGAACAAAAUUAAACCGGAAACGGCAGCGUUACUUAGAACAACAAAACUUCUCAAACAACAACUCAUUCAUAAUUCAACUCACGAGGAAAACUUCACAUUACACAUAAACACAAGAACAUGAAAAAACACACACGCACACGUGCACACUCAGACACAGCAACAUUAACACAAAAAUGUGCUCAAAGUUAACAUGUAUAAUAAAGAAAAUAAAACAAAGUAAAGCAUUUAAACUAAUAAAACAUAAAUCCGACAAAAAAAAAGCAAACGGAAGGAAUGAACAAAGCAAACAGCUAGAAUCUUACGAAUCGAUGCAUAACACGUCAGAUGCGAACGGUGGCAACGGUGGUGGCUAUUCCUAAGGCUAUUAGAUAGAAUUUAGUAAAAAAAAAAAAACAAACAACACUUGCAGAAAGAGAAAACAAAACACGAUGUUACAAAAAAAAGUAUCUAAUUUUCUACCGAAUGCUAAAAGGAAUGUGAUGGGCGGCGGAUGUUUAAACACCGUCCUUCGAACUUCGACAAAGUUGAGGCCAUAAAUAGCUGUGGGUUGGUUUUAACUAAAUUUCGGUUGGAUAUUGUUGUGAGCAAGUUGGCCAAAUAGUUAUUGUUACUGUUUUUGAUUACUGUGCUGAGUUUCUCAACCGAGGGCUACAGUGGUCGGCAUAUAUUAAAUGUGUUAUCUGUUUUGUUUCUUGUUCUGUUAAGAUCUAUUUGCAAUUUAUUAGAUAAAGAAAUCUUGAAGCUAUUAUACGUGGAAUGCUUAUAGUUUACCAUUAAGUAUUUUCUGUUUUAUUAAAUUAAUCAGUAGAUAACUCAAAAACGUUGUGCCAAAACGUCCUUUUUCUAGGCUGAUGUUCAUAAGUUUUGAUUUUGGCUCAACAUAACAACACACCUUUAGAAGAUUAAUUUAGAUAACCUAAUCAAACACUGUUGUUCAUUUAUAUCAUGUGCAUUGCAAUCAACAGACAGAAGUCAUUUGUAAAAUAUUAAUCGUUCUUAACUGAAACGCACUUCGCUCAAAGUGGAAAAAAGGCCUCGGACUGUGCAUAAAAAAAACAGCAAAACUCGAAUUUUGUUUGUAGAGAAGCAAGCACAACGUAUCACAACUCAUCGCGAUGGUGUAAAACUAAGCUAGCGCAAAACAGAACGAAAUAAUAAGAUCAUCUUUAAUUAUCCCUUCCGAAUGUCACUGCACAUCCAAGAUGUCCCUUUCGCAAGCGAAACAAUUAAAGAGAAACCCAUCCCGUGCUAAACGCAACUCCAUCUUGCAGUAUUCGAGACCGAAAGCGAGACAAUUUGUGCUAACCAGUGUGAAUGUGCGUAACGAAAACCGAAAACCCACAAAUGAUAAUCUCUAAUCGUGAUUCCCCGUGUAUUGCAUAAGCGAAACGUCGUAAACUUUUGAACAUUAUGGCAUGACCCUGAUUUCAAAUCGAGUGUCUUCCAGUCACGUGUCGUGCAUUUGGCUAACGAAAAUAAUAAGAAAACAGCAACCGAGUAAGUGAAUAAACUGAGUGCGAAAUGCGGGUGUGCGUGCGUAUGUUUUCGAGUGGAGUGGAGUGUAUGUAGUGUAUGAGUGCUGAGCAGUGGGAAAUGAUAGAGCGAUUGAAGGAUGGUAGCAAAGGUGACAGGUAGGAACUCAUCAGGAACUUCUCCAAGUGGUAGGAUUGCACCUAACAGCAGCAGCAACAGCAGUCAUAAGUGGAUAAGUUGAGGAAUUGAACAGAAAUGGCCCUUCAUAAAACAUUAAGCCCAAGAGGGCUCUCGUCACAACAAGCGCAUGUACGAAGAAUUGUAGUUGGUAAAUAAUGAAUCAAUAAUACCGGAUUAAAUUUGUUUUAACUUCUCCUCAAUUGCUAUCAUCGAAUGGUGACUUGAGAGAAGCGAGCUUUACAACUCUUAACAUUUAAUGGGAAAAAAGACCAAUUUAAUUCUCCAAACCAGCCAUCUGUUUCUAGGAAAGUUGAUUUGAUUCUAGUUCAAUUAAUCCUCCGCUUAAAAGUCUUAUCAGGAAACUGGUGGGGACAGGAAAUGAUCGCUGGUAUCGGUUUUUUUUCUAUUUUAAACUACUCUCCGGAACGGAAUCACCAACCAAUUCCACUGGUUCAUAAAGAGUAGCUUCUUAUUAUCGCACUGGAACAAUUGGAAUAUAUUUAACAAAAAAAGGGGGCGGAAAGCAAUUCGAUCAGCAACGAAAACCUUUUGUCUAAAAUGAGAUUUUCCAAACCACUUCGCUCCAGCUGGAACCCAUUUAACAGUGCCUGAGCACCCGCGAACGGCAACAGGAAAGGAAAUUGGAAAACGAAGCGAAUCGUCGCCGCUGUCGUCCUUGUCGUCGAUUUUAAUUUCCGACACCCGGACUCGGCCUGGAUAACAGCCCAGCCCAGAUUCCUGUGGUAAAUAGCCUAGCCGGAAACCCUGGAAAGAUACAUCCUGAAUAAAUACCUGCCGUUUUGUUUUUUUCUUUAGUAGUGUGUUCUCUUUAUCUGGGCCUCUAUCUUUCCGGUGGGGGUAGUCCAGCUUUCAUCCAUUUGUGCUUGCAGAUUCUGCAUAAUCUGAUUCUACGGGGUGUGUGUGUGUGUGGUCAAUGUCACCAGUUUCAUGUCUGUGUCAGCUUCUAGGCGGCAGUGACAAGGAUUGAAGCAUGAUCGGUGUAUAUAAGGGCUGUAUCCGGUAUAGCUUACAGGAUGCAACCGAUUAUCCUUUACACUACACGAAUAAUCGUCCAUCUGGACAUUGCGAGGUGGAUUUUAAGGUGGACAUACAUAGCCUCAAGAGGAUGUAAAAAUAAUUCGAAACUAUGAAAAAAUGGUUCUUUUCAUAAAGCAAUGCUGAGCGCUUUUAAUGCUUUUCAUCAUCACAAGUGGUCUCCAUUUUUGAUGCGCAUUCAUCUACAAAAUUAUGACAAAUCACUCAGUUGUACUCUUGCGCCAAAUACAGCUGAAAAAUUGUGCUUCCAGAAAUCCUUAAAUUCACGCGCAAAAAAAGCAAGUAUUGAGCAGUACAAGCUCUGAACCCUUCUUCCAGUGUUGUUCGUUCCCAUUUCUUUUGUAGAGACGUCCGUAGAGACGAGAAAAAUCUCCGCCCCGAAACAGCGAAACUGAACCGAACGGAAGUAUUUCCCAACGAAUUUAUUGCUUUUCCUCCCACCGAACGUGGAACGUGACGUGGCCUGGCACAGCGUACACCGAAAGCACACGGGAACGCAAGUGAGCCGUUACUUGCCUUGUUUGGCUAUGGCACCCGAAUACCGAUCGUACACCAAAAUCAUCAACAUCAAUUCUGAACCUCCCAUUCUUGCUUGGGGGAAAAAAAAUCUCGCGCGCACCCUGGAUGCUAUUCGGUUUGCUCUCGCUUUGUCGAACCGGGUGAAGUUUGUUUUCUUGGCUGCUGUCACAGCCACAGCUCACGAUGCGGCUCCAUCCGUACGCCAUCCAUUUCCGGGCGGCUAAAGUUAUACGUUCGACAAUGAUGUUUACUGACAGCAGCGAACUACCGCACCGAACACUUUCUUUACGCGAUGACGUGAUGCAUCGAACAAUUCUUCAACAACCGUGGGGUGGAUCGGAUGGGUGGUACGGGCCAAAUGUGUGCCAUGCCAAGAGGUGUUGUAAGAGUUCGGCUCGUUGAAAUCAUCUCACGCGAGUGAGCCAAAUUCAAUCACACACAUGCACAUAGCAAAAAACGAUUGGCGUACACACUCGAUGGUUCAAUCGGCUGAAAGCAGGCGUUCGCGAAAUAACAUGGACAUUGGACGUCCACUUGGCACAAUUUCGUUCGUUCAAUUUCAUGCUUCCACUUCGAAUGUCCGAGAUGUCCGGAGCACCACCAAGAAAAAAAGUACUUAGACUUCAGAAGCGUACUGAUACGAUGCUAAUGUUACAGUCGCCGGCAAUCGUUCACAACGGUGCUUAAUGAAACGCAUGAAACGAAAAUAAUAAAAUCUUGAGCGUACGGCACAGAUUGUACCCGAGCCGGAGAUAAGUUGUACGAUUUUUAUCUUUACUGUUUACGCUCACCAUUAGCCCGGAAGGCCUUUCAUCUUUUGUCGGGAGCCUUUGCCGGUGGUGAAACAAAAUAAAAAGGGAAAACUCGCAUAACCCAGACGCCCAGAUUUACGUACGAUCGUGUAUUUAUUUUCUUUUACUGGUCACCACUUCAAUCUUUUGCAAUCCAAUUUGCUUGCUCGCAAUACCGCCGGACGUUCCCGGUUUCCGACACUCGUUUCCGCCUUCAUUUUUCUUCUUGACUCCCUUUCUUUUUUGGUUCGCCCAGCAUUCGCACUGCAGCAGUGGAAGCGGGUGGGAUGCAAUUUUAUGCUCAAACAAUUCGACAAAACUCCCUUGUCACACCGUAACCUGGCCCAGCGACCCCCUAUUUCGAAUGAGUGUUUUCCGAACGAUUUCGUUCAUAUUCUCGGUCCCCGGGAAAUGGGGAUACUUCGUCAAUUGGAAUGGAACAGCAUUCAUCCGCAUAGAAAACGGGGCACCGGACGUCAAUGGGGUUCGGUGUACCGUGUCAAAAUUGAGGUUAAUUAACCGGCACGGAGGGUUUUCCCUGUUUUCCUAGCCGGGUUUUUUGCGAAGGACGAACUGAGCUGGAUGCGAUUUUGGAGAGCGUUUUUUAUUUUUUUUUUCAAUAGGAUUUUUUGUACAAUCAGAAGUUUUACACGGGUUGUCGGGGUAUUUAUUUCAUCAUUAAAACUGUGCAUAUGGUUAAUUAAAUUAUGAAUCGCAUUGCACAUUUUUAGAAUAAGUUUUUUCUCAAAAAAAAAAUUGUGUACCCAACUAAACUUGAAUGCUGCAUGCCCUUGUGACUGUUGGAGAGGCAUCACUAACCACUUGCAGCCAUCAGAGCACCACAAAACCAUUCAGCCAAUGAAAUCACUCAAUCAACCGCUACCACAAAAUUAAAACAAAAUACUACUCCUCCUCCAAUGUGUUAACCGGAGGAUCAAAAUGCUAAAGCAUACUCUUCACCUAACCGCAAGGCUCCAUUCUGCUAAGAGUUUAAUAUUCGUGCAUUCACUCGAUGGUGAAGUGCAGCGUAAGCAAACACAUUAAAUUUAACGAAACAAAAGCAAAUAAUAAAUCUGAAAUUCGAAGGUUGUUUCAUCUAGUACUGUAAAAAAACGCAGCUUACCAGGCAAGAGUAAAAAUAAGGCAACGUCAAGAAGUCUAUAGACAAAUGUUAAUGUCCUAUAAACAGUGCAUAGUAACCCGUAAAAUAAGGUGUGUGAAGUGUAAAUUUUCCCAGUAAGAUUUACAACACUAAAAAAAAAACCCAUCACACCAACAUGCACAACCACCUGUACAUAGUUACUAUCGCUAGCCGGUGUUUUAGUGGUGGUGGGCGAAAGAAAAACAAAAGAAAAGGGUAAGAAAACCAAAACCAAAAAUCAAAUCGUUUACUGCAUCAACAAUCAACUCAUGACAAAUAAUCACUAGAAUGCAAUGCAUCUUCCUUUCGCCACACCACCGUGUCCGACACGGUGCUUUACGUUGUGCACCAAACCCCGUUUUGGGCAUUGGGGUUGGGUCUGUUUUUUUUUUAGGGGAUUGUUUUAACGUCACCUUACGCAUCGCACCGCAAAGCUAGAAGCACCUUUCUUGGCCUGCCUGUUGAUUAGACAAUCGCUUAGAAAGUAAACCUGCAACCGGCAGGAGUCAGCUCCAGGGAAGGGAUGCCGAAAUAUGCGGUCACUGCAGAGGAAGAAAGCAAGUACAAGCCAAACAUUCCAAACAUUCAGCAUGAAAAAAGACACUCGUUCACUGUUUUGUGUUUCCACAUCCCGUUCGUGCUUGAUCGUACAGCAUCGAACACACUCAUACCCGGCAAAAUUGCAAAAGAAAAAAAGAAUACGUAGCAAACACUGCGACGAAACGUUGUACAAAUUGUGUGUGAGAGACGAAUUGUUUAAAAUUUAACUUGAAACAUGAUGAACAAACUGAUAAAGCAAAACAUAAACAAAAACAAACGAAAACUAAAAGAGUCCGUAAUUCCUGAGCAUUGCGAGACGAGAAUGGCUUUUGCGUAACGUUCUCUGUCACCGUCAUCCUUGCAGCAGAAAUGCUACUUUUAUUACGAAAACAAAAAACAACCUUCAUCAGUGAAAACUCAUGUGCGCCAAGAUGUAGCUAUGAUUAUCUACUUUUGUAUGGAAGGUGUAACGUAACGCUAGUGUUGCUACUUUUGUAUGGAAGGUGUAACGUAACGCUAGUGUUGCUAGCAACCGAAACAUCUAACCAGUGAGCCAAUUGUAAAAUGAUAAAGCCAACUUAACUUAUUCUUCGACGGUGCCCCAAUAACGAGAGCGGAGAUCGACGGCGCACUGCUAGAACUAGUCCAAUUCUACUUCUUGCCCAAAAAAAAAGAAAAACCACAUAACCACACCACCACACGUUCUAGAGGUGACAAGCGAGCGAAGGUGAAACAUUUCCGUGCUGUACUGCAAGACCGGUUUUUUAUAUACGUAUAGGGUAAUCAGUUUUUGUAAGAAAAGCAUAAAAACUAAGUAAAACUACCAAAAAAUAUACAAACUAAAAAGCACGAAGCGAAUAACUUAAAGGGCGGCAGGUGGUAGGGGGAGGGCGAGAUAAGAUAAUCGUUCGGCUAACGCGAUACAACUGUAGAAACGAAACCAACAACCUAACCACCACAAGCAAACCAAAACUAACACAAGCAACAAAAAAGGAAGGAAAACUUAACCAACAAAAAACAGCAACACAGUAAGAACAGGGGGCGUAACAUCUUACUCGCUAACUAUGCAAACCAAAAAAAGAAAGAAAUGAAAACAACAGCAUGAAAGAAAAGGAAAAAAAAAAACAAAUACAAACCUAACCUUAGUGAUACUCGAAGUGUAGUUAUAAUCGUAAAUUUAAAAAAAUCCCAAC